UUCAGUGACCACAAUUAAAGUUUGGCGCACGGAAGAAUGCAUUUUUUUUAAUUUUAAACAGUGACAAAUUUUGCUAUAAAUUGCAAGCUACCACCUUCAGUUGACAUCAGUUCAAUAUCAAUUGUGAACCUAACAAACCAAAUUCAACAAAAUGAAAUUCCUCAUCUGCUUGGCUCUGCUCUUCGCCGUCGCUCAGGCUAAUCCUGGCAUCGUUGCACCAUUGACAUACUCGGCUGUUCCUCGAGUGGCCACCUAUGCCGUCUCUCCAUACACCGCUUACCCUGCUUAUGCCGCUCCUGCUGUACGCGUUUACAGCGCUCCAGUUGCUCGUGUCGCUGCCGUAGCUCCUGCCGUAAGAGUCGCCUAUAGCGCCCCAGUCGUUUCCACACUCUUGAAAUAAUUGUUUUGUUAUAUUACUGAAAUUGCAUUGUUAAUGGACCGAAAUUAUGUAAAUAAAUUUAGAUUUUUAAAGCAUAUUAA